GGCCUAGGCUGCAUUUUCAUCGGAAGGCAUGCAGAAGCCAUUCAGCGCACCAUUAUCUGAAACGUGCUUCACUGAGAAGGCACAGGCUCCUAUUUUUAAAACCGGCUUUACCCGGCAAGCUCAGAAAAGCGGUUCCAGGGAGAGUCUCCUGAUAUGCCACCGAUGGCCAAUUAAAUGGCUUCUGAAGGCCCAAGCUGCAGCAAAGAACACCCCGGCCCUGGGCUCUGAAUCUCAACCCGUUUGGAGGCCCAGUGGUCCCUCUCUAUUAAGUGUUGGAUGUGCGGCCAGUCCGUUGGCCUCAUGCUAGCCCCGGGCAGCCCGGAAGGGCAGUACGUGUGCGUAUUCAUCACGUCCGACUCUUCCAUCUGGACCAAGAAGGUGUGCGAGCUGAGAGGCACUGGGAACUCCGGUGUGCGUGUGGGAAGUAAAGUGUCCUUCAGCCUCCCAAUCCAGCUCAUUGACGACCGCGGUCAGCAGGUGCUUGUGGGCGAGCAGGAAUACGUGGGGACGGUCCUCUUUCACGCUUCAGGUAUGAGCUACUGCAAGGAAAAGGAAAAAAUAUACUGCAAAUUUGUUUCCGAGAAGAAAGGUGCCUCGGGGAAUGAAAUUUUAAACCUGCUGCUGCAAGAGGAAACGGAGACGGUGAGCCCUAAGGGAAAGAUCCCUCAUGCCAACUACACUAGUCAGUCGCUCCCCGUCAGCAAAAUCGCCGCAGAGGAAGCUUGUGUAGCCAGCAAGAGGAGGAGGAUCUGUGAGAACCUGGAACACCCUGGGCAGCUUCCCGGGAACAUGGCGGGGGACACAGCGGCCUGGCUGCCGCCCACGUGGGACCCGCCCACCUUGGCGGUUAAGUCGGAGAAGGCGAAAGAGGUGAGGGAUCGCUCUGGGCCCGGCCCCGGCCCUGCGCUGCCCUGGGUGACCUUCCAGACGGGGACAGGAGAGGAGAGGCCGGAUGGCAGGCGGGAAGAACGGGAGGAAGAACACCCCUUUGCCGUGCUGGAAAGGUUGAUUAAAGAAAACCAAACUCUAAGGAAAGAAAAUGCCCGUCUGAGGCAAAUGCUUCUCGUGGCCCAGAACGCUGUCCCAUUCAGGGAGUUUUCUCAGGAGGUCCGGGACUCCGCUGCCUACUACCUGCGUCUGGUUCUAGAAAACCUGGAAAAAACCGUAACCGCAGAUUCUUCUCCUUCCCGGAUGACUGCGAACCAAAAUGCAGUCAGUAAGGAUCAAUACAUGAAGCCUUUGAUCACGGAUCCUGAGAAUCCAGAGAGAUACUCCCAGGUGUUGGUGGAUCCCAAUAAGCUCUACAAUGUGGUGAAAAAGGCCAAAGAGCAGAAAUCCCAUCAGGAAAUCACCCUGUUGAAUGGACUCAUAGACCUCGUGUUCAGCACCCGAGAGCUCGCCACAGCCCAUGGCCUGGGUCUGAAAGGGAAAGAUAAAGAAGAAAAGGCCCUGGAUAGGGUUAAAGUAUCAGCCUGCGAAGCAUUUCUGAGGCAAACCUGCACCAAGGAAGGCUGGAAAGAGCCAAGUCAAGUUGAGUUUCGGAGAAAAUUCACUGCCAAGAUAUGUAACGCCCGGCGGGAUCUGAAAAACUUGCAGAAAUCCUCCUGAAACCUGACCUACUGUCCUAGAAAAAUCCUUGCAAAAUGGAAGUGAUCCUUUUGUUCUUUCAUGCAGUAUGUGUGAAUGACAAACAGGUGGAUCUGUAAAAACGGAUGCUUUUCAGUCGACCAUUGAAGUUCUUGUUCCAGA